AUGUUGUUCAGUCAUCACCUGUUGCUUGCCGUCUACAUAGUCACCUUCCUGAUGGGGGUCCCUGCUAACAUCCUGGCAUUCUGCACCUUCUGCCGCAAGGUGCGUCGCCGGGCCGCCCCAAUAGACAUCCUCCUCCUCAACCUCACCAUCUCCGACCUCAUCUUCCUGGCCUUCCUGCCGUUUAAAAUGAAGGAGGCCUCCGACGGCAUGGUCUGGUUGCUUCCCUACGCCCUGUGCCCCUUAACUGGUUUCCUGUUCUAUGUCACCAUCUACAACAGCACCCUGCUCCUCACGGCUGUGAGUGUGGAGCGCUACCUGGGGGUCACCUUCCCCCUCAGGUAUUCCCUGUGUCGCAGACCUCGCUACGCUGUGGUGGCCUGCGUCCUGUUCUGGGUGGUGACCUUUCUGAACCUCAGCAUCGUCUACAUCAUGCCCUACGCCCAGUGGAGCAAAGGAGCAGACAGUGGCAGCAGCAACGGCAGCAAGUCCGCCCUGCCUCCACCCACAUGCUACCUGAAUUUCACCCAGGACGAGCUCGCCAUCGUGCUGCCGUUCCGCCUGGAGCUCUUCUUAGUUCUUUUCUGCGUCCCCUUCUUCAUCUGCUGCUUCUGCUACGCCAACUUCAUCCUCAUCCUGUUGCGUCUUCCAAACAUCGGCAGGCGCCGGAGGCUGCGUGCCAUUGGUCUGGCGCUCGGCACGCUGGUAGUAUUCGCCUUCUGCUUUGGGCCUUACAACGCCUCCCACGUGGUGGGGUUCGUUCGCCAGGAGAGUGAGCAGUGGAGGAACAUGGCUUUGCUCUCCUGCACCUUCAACGCCUGCCUGGAUCCAAUCAUCUUCUACUUCUCCUCGGCGGCCGUCAGAAGCAUGUUAAACCACUGCUUCAGGAACAUCAUGGCCAAGCUGCACAUCCUGAGGUGUGGAGGGGCUCCUCACUGUCCUCACCAGAGACCCUCCAAGACAGACAAAUACAAGGAAGCACCUCUUCCUUGA